GGGCGGGGACUGAGCCCUGCCUGGGCGCUGGCCGAACCGCGGCUGCCCCGAGCCCCGAGGACGGCAGCGUUGCCCGAUGCCUGGCUGUGAGGCUUCCCGGAGCCGUGAGAGCUCCCGGCCGCGCUCCCUUCCUCCUUCCUUCCUUCCUUCCUUCCCUCGUCGCCGCGCAGAGGCGUCCUGGGGCUGCUUAGAGGCGGCGGCAGGGGCUCCGGCUGCUCGCUCGUAGCUUGCUGCCGGGCAGGGCUCAGAGGAGCUGCCGAGGCAGCCCGGCCCUGCCUCCGGCCGUGGGGACGCGGCGCCGCGCUAUCUGCCUGCCCCCGGGGGAGCUGCCGGCUGCUGCUGCUCCUCGGCAGCGCGGCUUCGGGAGCCUUUCUGGGUUCGCUGGUGGCGCAGCGUUGGUGGAAUGAAGCUGAGGGCAACUUCUGUGUCUGCUGGGGGAUUGUUGCUGCAGCUGCUUUCGCUGACAUUUUAAAAAUGCAGCCUUAUUUCGGCUAUGAAUACUGAUGGUACUCCUUUCAAUUGCACAUAACUGUAUCAAAUUAUGUUCUCUGCACGGUGAGACUUAGAAUAUAAAUAUAUUCCUUCUCCCCUCCGGUCUUCUUAAAAUAGACCAGUAAAGUGAUUGGAGGAGUUGUUCUUGAAGAAAUGUACUCAUGGGUUAAGAUUGGGUCACCUCUUUGAUGAAUGCAGUUUUCACAUUUUCUGAUUGGAUGUCAGCACUGGAGAUGAAAAAGUUUGGUGUGUUAGAGCAUGAUGUUAGCGGUAUGUAUCUUUUAUUUCAGUCUACUUGGCCAAGUUACAUCUGUUGGCAUAUGCUAGGUAGCACUGGAGCAUGGUUCUUCAGGAAUUGUGCUGAUCUAGAUCUCCUCCAGCACAGAGCUGCUGUGUGGGAACAGAGCUGAAGCAUUCCCUGCGUUACGAUCUACGGGAGCAUAUAGUGAAUUAAGGAAGGUCAAGAACCACAAUACACGAUGUUUUGCCAAAAAAGCUGAAGGGACACUGAUAGUGGACAGGCAAGAAUAUUGAUCUAGGAGCUUUGAAGAAGGAGAAUGCAAAAAGCAGGAAGAAAAGUUGGACAAGGAGACAAAGAUAGCUGGUAGAUGGGAGAUUGGGGCUGGGCAAGAGUGGAGCAAAGGAGACAAACGAAGAGUAAGCGUGUGGGGGAUGCAGUGUUUCUUUACUGCAGGGAGCACAAGUGUAUAUUAAGAGCUGCGAAGACGAAGUAAUGAAAGAUUGAGUUUUACAGCCAGUAGACAGGAAUGAGAAAGAUUUGCUGCUGAGUGUAGUGAUGUAUGGCAGGCAUGAAGUUGAAGAUGAGAAAAGCUUUAGAUGAGUUUGGUAGCUAGAGUACUCCCAUCAAUGCCAAGUGCCUCAGGAUUUUUGUCACUGUCAGCUAAAGUCUGUGAACUCUGUGGGAACUCUUUCAUCCUCCUCUAAUACAAACAUGCAGCAAAAAUUACAAGCUUCUAUUUUAUGUCUCAGCCAGGAUGUGUGGUCCUGCAGGUAGAUGUUAAUAGAGUGGUGCUGUUUUUUUGUUUGUUUUUUUUUUUUAAUGUGUCUUCUGGCUAAACAGAUGUUAGGAGGAGCAAAGUGUUUGUUACAGUGGCUUUGUGUUCUUUGAUUUUUGUUUGGUAUCCUGUGUAUCACAUGCAACAUCCCGUUAUUAGCUAACUGUAAGAGAGCUGCUGUGCUCAGUCUAGGAGUUUCCUUUAGAAAAGCCGAGUAUGUAGUUUUUAAUACUUAUGGAAGAGAAUAUAUCACAUCAUCCUUCAAUGAGUUAGUUUACUGAUUGGUUUUCCUGUCACUGUUUUGUAGUAGUUCAUUUUCACAGUUUCAAUAUUUUGUUGCACCUACAACACCUUCUGCCUGCCGCGUUCAAGUGUCCUGUUACUAAAUGUUUAUUGCUUGUGUAGAUUCAAAUUACAUAAAUCAUCUUCUUUCUGGUAAAUUAACCAAAACAAUCAAACAAACAAACAAAACCUACUCUCAUCUCCUGUCAACAGCUUUGAAUUUCUGACUUUCUGAAAAUGCGUGCAGUCCUUUAGUACCAGUCUUCUUUAUGGCGCUAACUAAAGAAGUCGGGUUAUUGCUCCUCUGUGGAGCAUGCCCUUAUCCCUGUUGGCCGUUGUGUUUCAGCUGGAAGUUCUUAUUUGGCAGUUAUCUGCCAUAGUAAUCAAGCCUUAUUGUUUCUUGGAAAUACGGUCUGGCAUCCUUUAUCCCUUACUUUCCCUAAGUGUAUUACUUUACAUGAGACUAGAUAAAAUGUAUCAGGAGUUACACUGUUGUCUUACUGCCCUAGUGGUCUGUUCCUUUUGUUUUUGUUCUUCCAGUCUAUCUCACUUACAGGCAAGAUACACUUCUUUAAUGCAUCAAGACCUACUUCACGUGUGAUUUGCAUGAGUGGUGCUUGUAAUUGUCUGUAAUGAGUUCAGAAGCCCUAUGUAGCCUUUUAAACUCAUUUUAAUGUAUCUUAUGCUUUUUGUUGUUAUUAUAGAUGCAAGAUGCUUUCUGGUACCACAAGUAUUUGAUGCAAACUGUGGCUUAAUCACUAAAAAAAAAGAGUGUUCUUUUAGCACCUAGUUUAGAUAUAGUUUUCCAUUGACUUUUUUUUUUCCUCCCACAGCAUUUCUCCUCCAUGUCGUUCACUGGAUGGAUGUGCUCAGGGAAUGUGUGAGGAGGAUGAGAUGAAAGAGGGCAGUUGUUUGUAGGACCUCUUCGAAUCCUUGAAGAAAGGAAGGUGUAUGAUGAAUUAAGUGCAGAUGGUAGGAAUUAAAAGGGUGGUCUCGUGUUUGAGGCAGUUGGAUACCACCCUGAUGAAGUGAGUUUGAUGUCUGUGUUUGUUUUUAGGAUGUGCUUUUUACAAGUUCUUCUCAAACAGAUCAUUCUGCCCUUAAAUUGGGUGAACAUUUGUAGUUAGAGAAAUAGACUUGCAGAAUGCACAUGAAGAAUGCAACUGAAAUGUGCUUUGAGCAGAUAGUUCCAACGUGUGAGAAACUGUAGCAUUUUUAGACAUCUAAAGAAGCGCGUUUGCAAUUACAUGGCCUUAACUCUUUAUCUUAUUUUUUCAUUCCUUUGGUGAGGGAAGCAGGCUAUUCCAUAGCAGUGUCAUGAGAAAGCAUUCUCAUGUCAUAUUAAUGAGCACCUUGAAAAGCUGAUUGCCUGGUUGGGUUUCAGAUUGGGUUUUGGAUAGUGUAUGUGAUGACUCUUAUUAAGCAAAAAGGACAAAAUAAAGCUUUCAGUCACUAAUCAGUUGUUUGGUAUGAGAAACAGCUGGUAUGACCAUUCCAUGUAGCAACUGAAGCCUGAAUGUUAAAAUGCACAGAAGAUCUGACAAAGCUGUACAUACAGGCUUAGUUAUUUCAACUUGUGACUUUUUGAGUCCUCUAUUUUGGACCUCUCAAGAUUUUUUUUUCCAGGAGAUUUUUGUGCUAGCCAGGUUAUCAACAGAGUUCUUGGUAGAAUUGUCUGUCAGCUUCCUAGCCCUGGUAUUUUACUGGCUUUCAAGUGGUUGUUGUAAUUUAAAACUGGUUUUAGGUUUAGCAUUAGACGCACCCUUCCAUGCCCCUGCUGUAAGGUGUUAAUUUUAAAGCUCAAUUGUCUGAACUAUGUUAUGCUCCCAGCAGGUGUUCCUGCAGCAGAAAAAAUGUCCGUGUUACUUCUGUGCUGAGCUGCCUCACGGAGGAGCUCCAUAUUGGGUCUUCUCUGAUUUCCCUCCUUCCUUCCUCCACCAAACUGAAGCUGUCCCUUUGAUGACAAUACCGAGCCAAAGGAUUAAAGAGAGAGGAGAAACGUUUCUUGCUCCAGUUCUGUUCUCUUUGAUUAUUUGUGUGGCUCUUUCUUCACCUUCCUUUAGUGACUGAAGUUAAGCAUGAAAAGUUUUCCAUCUCUUCAAAUAUUGUUCUCCUUCUCUGAAGCAUUUAAUGGUCUAUAAAGUAUUUAAUGUCUGCUUCUGAGGAGAGAAAGCCAGAUGCUGAAGUGUUUUCCUCCAUGCCAAGAAAGGAACACAACUUUAGUUUGGGGGAAUCUAUGGAUGCAAAGGAAUUAGAAAUGUGGAAAGGGAUGGAGGAGGAAUAAGAAGGAAGAAAACUGUGGUAUUUUGUGAUUGCAUGUGUGUGAAAGCUCUUCUAAUGAGUUUGUGCUUGGUCAGACUCUAGUUACUGCGUUUGGCUCAGUGUUUGCUCUCUUACAGAGCUAGAAAUACUUAGUGCAAGCUUUAAGGGAGAGAAAGGAAGGGUGACUAAUACAGACCUUCUAGAAGACAAGAUGCAAACACCAGAGUUUUCUUCGUGUUUAGAUGUUUCAAGAGGACUGUAGAGCUGUUAGUAGGCAUCAAUGAAAUGCAUGGAUAGAGGGAAGUUGCAGUUUUCUGUGAGUUUUUUGUGAGUCUCUGUGAAAGCGUCACGAUUGUAGCGAUUGUCUUUGUAGUAAUGUCAGUGCAUCUCUUUAUUUACUUAGAGGACGUCAGAAUAAAGUAAGUUACAGGUAGUGGUAUCACAAAAAUCUUUUAUGGCAGCAGAACCGAGGGAUGUACCACUCUCCAACUGUCUAGUGCCUGAAUUUACUAUGAGCUGCACUCUGCUUGCUUCCUUAUGAUAAGGAUACGUCUGCCUACUUUGCAAGGGUCUGUAACCCUUAGGAAAUCAAGUGGUGCCUUCUCUGCUGGUUCCAGCCAUUGUUGCCCACCACCUAUUUUUCAAUCUGGACAGAUGAGGCUCUGGCUUUAUUUGCCUUGCUGAACGUAAACUUUUAUAAUUCCAUCUGGAAAGUGUGUAUCAGAAUGGAAGGAAAUUCAGAUUUUCAUUAUAGUUGAGUUAGUGAAUAAAUGUCAUUGGAAAAUGAUGAUAAGGGACAAUUAAAAAAAAAAAAAAAAAAAAAGUAGUUUCCAGCUUCUCCCACCCCAAACCUCUGACUAUCUAGAUUCUGCCGACAUUUGGUCUAAAUUAGAUCUAAAUACUUGGAAGAAUCAUCAGAUGAGAGCUGGUAGCCUCAGUGAGCUCAAGAAGCAAAAGAAUGUCACUGGUCUGUCUGCUCUGAUAGCUGCUUGACGUUCCUCCCGUUGUCUUGGAGACUGCCAGUCAGGACCUAUUCCAGGAGUAGACACUGGGACACGAUGGAGUCCUCAGCUGGCAUUGAGAACCUGCCUUUUGAACUGCAGAGAAACUUCCAGCUCAUGCGAGAUCUGGAUCAGAGAACAGAAGACCUCAAGUCGGAGAUCGAUAAGCUGGCCACAGAAUAUAUCAGCAACGCACGGACUUUGUCGUCAGAGGAAAAACUGGGGCUCCUCAAGCAAAUCCAGGAGGCCUACGGGAAAUGCAAAGAAUUUGGGGAUGACAAGGUUCAGCUGGCUAUGCAGACCUAUGAGAUGGUCGAUAAGCACAUCCGGCGGCUGGACACAGAUCUUGCUCGCUUUGAAGCAGACCUGAAGGAGAAGCAGAUAGAAUCGAGUGACUAUGACAGUUCUUCCAGCAAGGGCAAGAAGAAGGGCCGAGCCCAAAAAGAGAAGAAAGCUGCACGUGCACGCUCUAAAGGGAAGAAUUCUGAUGAGGAGGCACCAAAGACUGCCCAAAAGAAAUUAAAGCUUGUCCGCACUAGCACAGAAUAUGGAAUGCCUUCAGUCACAUUUGGAAAUGUGCAUCCUUCAGAUGUAUUGGAUAUGCCUGUGGACCCCAAUGAGCCUACUUACUGCCUCUGCCACCAGGUCUCCUAUGGGGAGAUGAUUGGCUGCGACAACCCAGAUUGCUCCAUCGAAUGGUUUCAUUUUGCCUGUGUGGGUCUGACAACAAAACCAAGAGGAAAAUGGUUCUGCCCUCGCUGUUCCCAGGAGAGGAAGAAGAAGUAAAAUCCCAUGAGCCUCGGAUACUGCUGCAGGAGCUCUCCUCCCCCUGCCAGGGCCUCGUCCCAGCUCCCCCAGCCCUUGGGACCUUGGCUAGGGGGAGUCUUUGCCCUGUUUGUGGUUUGGGCCAUCCCUGGAAUGGUGUGUACCCUCACGGCAGUUCCAGUAUGUUCUGUAUCCCUGGCUGCUUCCGAAUCCCUAAGGGAGGCCCUCUCUGUGUACUAUUCCAAACAGGUCUCUGAACCUCAAAGGGAGUGAAUGAGGGCACCAGGGUAGCCACCAGAUUCCCAGGGAUUCAGGUAGCCCCUGAUUUUCCUUGGCUUUCCUUCAGCCUCCUCAGAGUUCAUUGCCUACUCUCUGCUGAGAGAACAAGGCUAUGGGAUGGGGGAAGGAAAGGAGGUAAGUCUUCAGCAUUUUAGGUCUUCUAUUUUCCUGGAUCUUUUUCAGGAGAGAGGGAGUAACCAGGCCACUGCUUAAUCUAGUAGCUUGGUUGAGAGACUGAAAACUUAAUGUGCUCCCUAUCUUUAAUCAUUCCACUACUUUGUCUGGCAUUGAGCAGCCUCUUUUGUUGGGGCAAGGAGGAAGGAGUGUUUAGAGCUAGCUUUAUCUCUUACUCCUGGGGUAAACCUGCUCUCCUGGGAAGCACACUGUAUGAAGGAAGAAGAAUUUCUGGCCAUGUGGUGAGAAACGGUUUGAUCUAGCCUGUCUUCUGGCACCAGAAUUCUCCCUCCCUUUAGUACAGUGGAGCUUCUCCAUUAUGUUGAUGAUGAUGGAAAGUUCGGGGAUCCAAAUCCCACUUGUAUACUAUAGAACUAAAUAAAAUUCAUUCAAACAAAUGCUCGGUUUGUCUUGCUGUUACCUCCAAAGUAAGUAAUUGGUCUCUUUCUUAGUUCUUGCUCAGCUUUUCUACUGACAAGUGCAGCACAGCUUUUUUUCAUGUAAUAAUCCUGAACAUUCUGCCAAGGUCAUCCUUUAAAAUACAACUAAUACACUUGCGAAAGAGUUUCUAAGCUUUCUAAUGUCUGUGGAGAACAUCUGCCUCUUGAGUCAUUUCCUCACAAAUGAAAAGAUGCUUAUUGUCAUUUUUGUUGGCUUUUCUUUUUGUCAGUGGUCCUCUGUUAAAUGAUUGAGGAAGAACAUAGAUGACCAGCCCUCACUAUAGCUAUCGGGCAGAACACUAAGAAAAUAAGUUAUCAGGGCAAAGCUUUUGCAUCCAAGAAUGUGGACAAGUUUUUUAGAUAUCCUGUUAACUUGUUCCCCAGUGAGUCACCUUCACCCUGGACCACUUUGUUGCCAGAAACUCCAGCUGCUGUUAAUAAGGUAGUGUUGUAAUGUUGGCAGGUGAGGAAAUGUUCCUUACUGAAGAUAGCCUUUAUCAGUUUAAUCAGUUCCUAAAAUCAGAAUCUUUUGAGUUGGAAGGGACCAUUAAAGGUCAUCUAGUCCAAGUCUCCUGCAAUUAGCAGGGACAUCUGCAGCUAGAUGAGAUUGCUCAAAGCCUGAUCCAGCCUGACCUUGGAUGUCUCCAAAUACAGAUCUUCCAACACUUGUCUGGGCAACUUGUUCCAGUGCAUUAUUGCUACCCUUACUGCACAUAAUUUUUCUUAUUUCCAAUCUCCUCUCUUUUAGUUUGAAACCACUUCUUGUCCUCUUACAGCAGACCUUGCUAACGAGCCUGUCCCUUCCUUCUUAUAGUCUCUCUUCAAAUAUUGAAAGGCUGCCGUCAGUUUUCCCUGGAGCGUUCUCUUCUCCAGGUUGAACAGCCCCAGCUCUCUCAGCCUGUCUUUGUAGGGGAGGUGUUCCAUCCCUUGGAUCACUUCUGUGGCCCUCCUCUGGCUGUGUUCCAACAGGUCCACGUCUCUUCUGUGCUGAGGACUCCACAUCUGGACGCAGUACUACAGGUGAGGUCUCACCAGCUCAGAGCAGAGGGGCAGGAUCACCUCCCUUGCCCUGCUGGCCACACUUUUUUGAUGCAGCCUAGGAUACAGUUGGCUUUCUGGGCUGUGAGGGCACGUGGCUGGCUUGUGUUCAGCUGCCAUCUGUCAGUAACCCCAAGUUCUUUCUGACAGGGCUGUGCUCCAUCCUUACAUCCUCUGGCUUGUCUUGAUAGCAAGAGUCGCCACAACCCAGGUGCAAGACCCCACACUUGGGUUUAUUGAAUGUUGUGAUAUUCACCUGGGCCCACUUCUUGAGCCUGUCUAGGUCUCUGUGAAUGGCAUCCUAUCCAGUGGCUCUUCCAUUGUCCACUGACCAAAUGAGUGCUGAACUAACAGAGCAAAGGCAGGAUAUGGUCUGUAAUUGAAAAGCGCAUCUGGGCCAAGUGCAAGAAUGACAAAGGAUGCGAUAGCUUUUGGUGAGAUAGGCCUCUGGGUCGUGAUGACCAGCAUUAGCUGGAAGUUCUGUGGGAAACGUCUACUAGAGAGGUAUUUAAAGUGGGAAUUUUGACAAAUAUGUGUGAAAACCAAGAAUUUUUAAAUGGCUUAUGAUGACAGAUGAAAGGACAUUAAAAACUAGCAUUGAAAGAGAAGGAAUGAACGCAGUAACUGUGCAAAACUUAAUCAAAGGGAGAAAAUAAUAGAAUCAAUAGAAGCUAGAAAUGACCAAGUACAAAAUUGAAGCCAUUGGAAACAAAGCUUGCAAGUGACAGGGCUGGAAACACAAGCAGCUUUUUUUAGAUUGUCUUUUGUUUCUGGUGUAACUGAACAUGGCACGUGUCCAUUACCAACUGCAGAUAGCAGAAUUGUUUGUAAUGAGAGGAGGUGGAAGUGUUCUGAAAAUAUUUAUUAUGAGUUUGUGCUGGUGUCAUAUUGGAAUGAUAUAGUUCCCAGGCAAACAGUAAGGAGGAUUUUAAACGGCGUCUAUUGGGGAGGACAAUGUGAACUGGUGAUCUUCAGUAAAUAGCAUUUGUAGCCCUGCGAAAGCUGCCCCAGGUGCCUGGGUUCCAAAAUCCAACAGGUUUAAAACAUUGGAAAAGCAGCAGCUCUGUGCUGGACUUCUGGGAUGGCAAGAGGAUUGCUACAAGUCAGCUGACUGUUACCAACCUAGGUUUGAAACAGGGCAGCACUUAUAAGCAAAUUGCUUCUCUUUAAAACAAAGGAGAAUUCCAGGUCAAUAAAAAUGUUUUGACCAGAAAUAGCAAAAAGAAAAUCUGUCAAAAAUGACCUGAUGUGAUUUUUUAUUUUAUUUUAUUUUAUUUUUUGAAAGGUCAUUUUUAAUAGUUACCUGUCAUGGGAAUAAUCAUGUGGGUAAGUAUCCAAAAAUUCUACUUCAUCCAAAACUUUGAUUAUAGUGCUUAAGACAGGAAGAAACUAUGUUAGAGUCAUCACAAAUCCCUUUAAAUAGAGCUGGGUGGUUGACAGAUUCAUUGCAAUAGCAAUCAGCACAACAUAACCACCUUCUCAAAUGGAGCUGGAGAAAUUGCCUCUUGGAGCAAUUGGUAAUGACAUAGUUAAUAGCUAAAGUCAAAUCUGAGAUUCAGUAGCUGGAGCAAUGCAGCACUACAAGAAGUAGGACUUGUGCCGACUUCUGUAAGCGCAUCUACUAAUAAAACUUGGCCAUGCACACAAACGACCUGUUUAUCUUCUCACUACGCAAUUUUCUUACCAGUGGGCAUCAUUCCCAGGCAGCAGAGCGAGCGCAGACUUUGGUGGUGUUCACUGAAAUUAUUGGGGAUGAAUUCUUAUGAGAAAGUGACUAGGUAUAAAUAUAUGUAUCUGAGAGUUGGAAACACUGAUUAGAAGGGACUCCUGGAAGUCACCUGGUUCCAUUUCCCCCUACAAAGUCAGGCUGCUGCCAGUCCUCAGGCAAGUGAGGUGUGUGGAUAGCACAGUGCUGCAGCAGGGUAAGCUAGAUAGGAAGUGGCCGCUGUGUGGUUCCAAGAAAAAGGUGAUGUUGCUGAUGAGCUUAGGGCUUGAUUCAAAUGCUGACCAAAUCACUCGGGAGAUCUCAAGCUGACAGCUGAGAAGAAAGAUAUAUUUACCUGUGAGAUAGCUUGCUUCUCCCAGGAUGUUUCUGAUUGCAGAUGCACAGAUGCACCUUAUCAGGAGGUGGUAGUUGCAGAUGACAAUGGGUUUGCUCCCCUCCAGCAUCUGCAGAGAAAUGGGUGAUGCUUUCUCCAAGCUCCAGAAGGGGACAUGAAGGGUAUCUCGUUGUGCUCUCACCUCAGUAAAGCUUCACUAAAAGCAUGCGGGCUGCUGAGGUGACUGAGCACUGCAACACAGCUGCAGUGAGUCAUUGUGCAAAGUGGCAGUGGGAUCAUUGAUGUUUCAUUUCUGCUGGAGCAGGGCAAGACACGUUGCUCGUGUCCCAGCUGCGUGUUGGUGGCUUGCCUAAGGUGAUAAUCCAAACUUCCAAGUGAACUUGGAACCAGGGCCCUGCACUAAGCAGACCUGGCUGGUUCAGCAGUGUCUGAGCAGUUGUCCUGUAUAAAUGACCACAGUGCACUUUUCUCCCUGCUAUGUGAACCAGGAAGAGCUGACCUUAGUCUUGUCAGUGAUAGUUCAGAUUUCUGGCUAAGGAUCUUGCAGAAGGCCUUGCUGGCAUAAAAUGUGUGCAGAGUUUUACGUUCAUGCCCAAGCAGAAAUUGGAUCUUGUGUUUCUGAGGUUAAAUAACACUGUUAAUAACAUGGAUUCUUCCUCCACAAGGCCAGGCCCAAAGUUUCCCAGAUCGCUUCCACUGCUGAGAAAUCAAAGGGCUCUGUUAGCUCCACAAGACAAUUUUCCAAGUGGUUCUGUGGCUACAUAUGGACCUGCUAUGUACAGGAAGGACAGAGCUUCAGGUUGGAAGGGACCUCUAGGGUUGACUUCCAAGUCCAUGGAUAAGCAGUGAGCAUUUUUGGCUCCUUUUGGCUGAUCUGAGCUUCUUAUCUCUCUCGUGGUGGAUUUCCAUUGGGGAGGUGAUAUCCUCCUUCAAACUGACCUGCAGUGCUUAACGUUUCUUGAGUGACAUGUUGAUGGAGCUAAAGACUAACAAAACCAAGACAGAAAACAGCGUCCUGCCUUUCUUUCCAAAUACUACUGAAGGAAGUUCCUCCAACUCUGUUGCCUAGUAGUUGCAGU